GAUGAAGCCAAGUACCGGGAAUCACAUACGGCAUUUGUCGACCAGCUCGCUCAGUUCGCCAGCCAUCUUCCCUACGACGCCAAUACCGCCGGCAUCGUAACCACGGCUGGCGUGGCCAACUUCGGGCAGGCCAUCUCGCUAGUACUAACGACACGCCGGGCGGGCUCGCGGUUGCCAAUACAGAUCUACCUCGACUCAACCGCGCCGUGGGUAGAUUCAAUGUGCUCCAGGACACUGCCUCAAUACAAUGCGACCUGCCUGUCCAUACAUGAUACAUGGGCUGGUAUACAGGUGCCGGAGUUCACACGCUUUCAAUGGAAGGUGCUCUCGAUUGUUGUUUCCUCCUUCCAAAACGUCCUCUUCCUCGAUGCCGACUGCCUCCCUGUUCUCAACCCAGACCGGAUCUUCAACCAGGGGUCCGAGCCGUUCACCUCGGCCGGCCUGAUUACUUGGCCUGACUUCUGGACCUCGACCGCUUCGCCGCUCUUCUACAAGGUUGCUGGCGAUAUGGACAUCCCACCAGUCACCUCGCGUGCUAGCUCGGAGAGCGGGAUAAUAGUGUAUGACAAGUCCCGCCACGCCGACACCCUCCUCCUUGCCGCCUACUACAACUACAACGGGCCCAACCACUAUUAUCCCUUGCUCAGCCAGCAUAGCGCGGGGGAAGGUGACAAGGAGACCUUUCUCCAUGCCGCACUGGUGCUGGAAGCGCUACGGCAGAAGGGGGUGUAUAAGCAGCCAACAGCCUGGAUGAAGCCGGGGGUUGGUGUUAAGAAGGGGUAUUAUGACGUCAAGAAGCCACUGUCUGGACAUGGGCGGACGGCUAGGGGCAAGUGGACGGGUAUGUUCCUACUACAGAUGGAUCCUAUAGAGGAUUACCGUGCGGUGAGAGCCGCCAUCCAGAAGGCCAACCUACCCCACGAGAAGCGAGACGAGGCAGACGCUACCGUUGUAGAGGAUUUUCUUACCAACUCGACAUUCCUCGACACCCUCGGGGACCUAAAGCUAGAACACCACGGCCACACCAUGUUCUUCCACCAUAGCGGCGUCAAGCCCGACUUCACGCACAUCGUGGACGAGAAAUGGGGCCUCGUCCAGACGAACGAAGCGGGCAAGUAUGUACGGAUGUGGGGACCCGUCGGCUGGGUCAUCGAUGCGUUUGGCAGAGACGUCGAGAAACUACUGUGGGAGGACUCGAUGCACAUCUACUGCCAGGAGGAACUGGCCCAGUUUCAGCGUUUACAGGACGUGUGCGCCAAGAUGCGUGAGAUUUACGUCCAACUAUACGCCUAGAAGGGUGUCUUGUGUAUUUGGGUUUUUUCUUUGGCAUGUCAUCGGGGUACUAGAGGGCUGAAGAAUACCUAGGGAACGGGUUCUGGCGUACCUGGAGAGAAAUAGCCUGAGAGUUUUGUUCUGUCCUGGGCGGAUGCCUUCAUCUUUGCCUACAUUCCAUGGCAAUGAGAUCACAUUGCAGUUCCAUUCAACAACCUCCCCACUCGCCUGUCAACUGAGCCAACUUUUACCGCUCGUUUGUCACCCCUUGCUACGUACCUUCUAACCCGAAAAAGGUUGG